AUGGCUUCAGCAGGCGGCCGACGAUGGCAGCAAUUUCUCCAGGAGAUGAUCAUGGUUGCGGGUACCUCCGCCUCUGCAUACUUUCUCAUACGCUACCUCCUAUCGCGCCUUGACUUCGACCCCGAGAGCCAAAAGAAGGAAGAACAACGCAAGAAGUCGGCAGCUAUCCUGCGCAGAUUAGAUGGCGGAGACGACUCAGACGAUGAAUCGUCCCGACGCGCGGGUGGUAAAAAGGGAGGCCGGCAACGGCGAGGCGAGCUCACAUUGACUCAAUACGAGCAAGCUAUCGCCAUGGACGUCGUUGCGCCAGAAGAUAUCCGGGUGUCAUUCGAAGAUAUCGGUGGUCUUGAUCAUAUCAUCGACGAACUGAAGGAAUCCGUGAUCUACCCGUUGACUAUGCCUCACCUCUACUCGUCCAGCUCCUCGCUCCUGACUGCACCUUCCGGUGUCCUCCUGUAUGGCCCGCCUGGCUGCGGAAAGACCAUGCUCGCCAAAGCGCUGGCGUCCGAGAGUGGCGCUUGCUUUAUCAACUUGCACAUUUCAACUUUGACGGAGAAGUGGUACGGUGACUCAAAUAAGCUGGUAAAUGCAGUUUUCUCCCUCGCGCGCAAGCUUCAGCCCUCCAUCGUGUUUAUUGACGAGAUUGACGCCGUUCUUGGAACCCGGCGGAGUGGAGAGCAUGAAGCAAGCGGUAUGGUGAAGGCCGAGUUCAUGACCCACUGGGAUGGUCUCACCUCGGCCAACUCCAUGGGUGAGCCACAGCGAGUCGUCGUGCUCGGCGCAACCAACCGCAUCCAGGAUAUCGAUGAGGCCAUUCUUCGACAAAUUCCCUGUUACACUUCCCCCGCCGCUCAGCGUCUCCGCAUUCUCAGCUUGAUCCUCAAGGACACCAAGGUCGAUCGGGACAACUUUGAUCUGCACUACCUAGUCAAGAACAUGGCCGGUAUGUCCGGCAGUGACAUUAAGGAAGCUUGCCGUGAUGCAGCCAUGGCUCCAGUGCGGGAAUUGAUCCGACAGAAGAAGGCCGACGGCACGCAGAUGACCGCCGUCGACCCUUCGGAGGUUCGCGGUCUUCGUACAGAAGACUUCUUCUCCCACGCCGGGGGUAUCAAGGUCAUCCCACCGCCUCGGGACAGCCAUAUUCUGGAGUCUGUCUCAACGGGCAAGGUCGUAUCCGAGAAAGACGAUGGCGAGUGGAACACCGAAGAUGAAGCCGAAGAUGGCACGGAUGCCCGUCCUUUGGUGGCUGAGCCUCCAGAAUAA